GGGCCGGCUGCGCGUUCCCAGGCGCCUCGGCCGGGCUCUCAGUGCGCUCGGGGCGGUGCCGGCGCUCGGAGUGUUUGGGGCCGGCGGAGCGACGGGCGGGCCCGGCAUGGGGGUGAGGUAGGGCCGGCGCGGCGCACGGAACGAGCGCGGCCGGCUGUCGGGACCGGGUGUUCGCGGCGGUGGGACGCGGAGCCGGGCGGAGGAUGGAGGACAAGAAGGAGGAGGGCGAGGCGGAGAUCCAGGAGCACGGGCCCGAGCACUGGUUCAGCAAGUGGGAGCGGCAGUGCCUGGCUGAGGCCGAGCAGGAGGAGGCGCUGGCGCCGGAGCUGCAGGACGAGGCGGCGGCGCAGCCCGAACACAAGCAGCAGAAGCUCUGGCACCUCUUCCAGAAUUCGGCCACCGCCGUGGCGCAGCUCUACAAGGACCGGGUGUGCCAGCAGCCGGGGCUCUCCCUCUGGGUCCCCUUCCAGAACGCCGCCACUGCGGUCACCAACCUCUACAAAGAGAGUGUGGAUGCCCACCAGCGGAGCUUUGAUUUAGGAAUCCAGAUUGGCUAUCAGCGCCGGAAUAAGGAUGUGUUAGCCUGGGUUAAAAAACGCAGAAGAACUAUUCGAAGAGAAGACUUAAUCAGCUUCCUUUGUGGAAAAGUCCCUCCUCCAAGAAAUUCUAGAGCUCCCCCAAGACUGACUGUAGUAUCCCCUAACCGAGCUACUUCAACAGAAACUAGCUCAUCUGUAGAGACUGAUUUGCAACCCUUCCGUGAAGCCAUAGCUCUGCAUGGUCUUAGUGGUGCAAUGGCUAGUAUAAGUGUUCGCUCGAGUACCCCAGGCUCGCCUACUCACGUGAGCAGUGGCUCCAAUGCUAGUCGAAGGAGAAAUGGACUCCAUGAUGUUGAUUUGAACACUUUCAUAUCAGAAGAAAUGGCACUCCACUUGGACAAUGGUGGAACUAGAAAGCGUACCUCAGCCCAGUGUGGCGAUGUCAUUACAGACUCACCAACUCAUAAACGCAACAGAAUGAUCUAAACUGCAAAAAUU